ACCGCCAUUAACCUGAGGCGGUCGUUAGUUUUUUCUUAAGUAAUCUGUAACCGUUCUUCUCCUUCACCCCUCUGUACUCCCUCUUCUCCAAGUAAACUCAUUACAUAAACCUCUCUUACAUAUAUAGCCAUAUGCAUAUAGAUAUACAUAUAUAUACUGAUACUAAUUCUCAUCACCUUUUUUGAAUUUUUUUCUUCUCCAAAAAGCUUUUUCAGUUUUGGAGCUUUUCUCGUUGUCAAUCUUUGUAGAAACUAGAAAGCUUACUUAGUUGCCAAUAAUGUAUAUGUGUUAGUAUUUUCUUAUACAAAUCAUUGCAAUAAUGUUACGCUUUGCAAAUUCUCAGCCUCAUCAUCUCUGUAAAUCUUCUUCUUCUUCUUCUUUGACGUAUACCAAUCUGUCGACCUUAAUUCAACUGACUGUUUUCUUUUGUUAAAUUCUGAUAGAAUACAUACUUUUUCUCUUUCUGUAAAUCAAAUUAGCUUUAGGGUACUUUCUUAGUAUGGAGUUUAAUUCAGUAAAGCGUGAAAUCAUAGUUGAUGAUCGAUUUUCCGAAGAGGGUAGCGGAGAUUCGGCGUCGGAGGCAAUUCAAGAGCACGAGUCAUCGCUUUCCGAUUGCGAAAGUGGGGUUUCUGGCGUCGAUUCGGAACGAACCGGGUUCAUCAAUGGGGAUGGGUUGAUUCGGUUAUCCGAAGGAGACAGAGUCCAUGACAUCAUUAAGAGAAGAUUCGUCUCGAGUUUGGGUUCGAUUGGAGAGAAAACAACAGUCGUAGCCAUUCAAAGAAACACCCAUUCGAGCAUUGUGGGAGAAGCCCGGCUCCAUUCUUUUCAGAUAUUCGCCAAAGCCAUGGCAAAGAAGUGUGGAGGUUAUGCCAACGUCAAGUUCGCUUGGUACCAACCUUCUUGCAAAGAUGAAAUCUCGAAAAUCUUCUCCCAUGGCUUCGCCCAAUUCCACAAUUCUCAUAAUUAUGGAUUGUAUGGUCACGGUCUCUAUCUUUCUCCAGAUGAUUCUCCAGUCGAAUGUGUGGAAGGUUCCCCGAGUGUUGAUGAGGACGGCGUACGACAUCUUUUGUUGUGUCGUGUAAUACUUGGCAAAUCUGAGGAGGUGCGUUUAGGUUCUCAACAGUUCCUUCCGAGUUCUGACGAGUUUGACUCGGGUGUGGACAAUCUUUCUUCACCCAAAAAGUACAUUAUAUGGAGUACCCACAUGAACACUUGUGUUUUGCCUGAAUAUCUCAUUAGUUUCAGAGCUCCCAUUCGCUCCAAAGUUCCUGAAAGGACCCAAGAGUCGUUUAGGAGACCCACUUCACCGUGGAUGCCGUUCCCAACUUUGAUAUCAGUACUUUCUAAGUUCUUACCUCCAAGGCCAAUUGCUUUAAUCUCCAAGUACCAUAAGGAUUAUAAAGACAAGAAGAUAACAAGGAACGAACUAAUACAACGUGUGAGAACAAUAGCAGGAGACGAGUUGUUAACUAAAGUGAUAAAAACAUUCAGGUCAAAGCAACCCAGAGUACAGCAGCAGAGUAAUAUGGUUGUGCACAAUCAGAGCACGAAUGUCACAGAGAUUGUAAAGCAAAAAUCUUUGGAAUGAUGAGUCAGAGCUCACAAGUCACAAUUAACAGACGAAGCUGGCUAAGUGAGAAAAAGGGACAAUUCACUAGUAGAGGAUUUUAUUGAUAUGUAUUGAGGGGUCCACCAGAUGCUGAGAGACUAAAUCGAAUGGCUCAAAGUUUUUUGGCAUCUUAGAAAGGUUUACUUGGCUAUUAAUAUUGGAAAAAAAAGCUUUUAUAUGUUGUUUUUGUUUAGUUGUAACUUUCUUCGCUCAUAGUGGAAAUGAAAAAUAAACAUUUGUUGGUUCUC